CUGUUUUUUUUGUUGACAAUUCUAUUCACUGUUUGUUUUAAUCUAAUUUAAUAUAAUAACAGUAUACUUCUAUCCUAAUUCAAUUUCACUUUAUUUAAAACUAAGUGUAUGAUUUUUCUAAAUAAUCAUAUAGUUAUUUCUAUGAAUAAUAUUUGGCAAGCCUCUUUUGGCGUUAUUAGAAGGAUGUCAACGACUGGGCCUGUACACAGCACUAUUUUAAAUAAACUGCAGUCUGCAUUGAGUGCAUGUCACUUGAAUGUUAUAAAUGAAUCUUACAUGCAUAAUGUGCCAAAAGGUGCAGAAACACACUUCAAAGUUGUCGUUGUAUCAGAUAAAUUCGACGGCUUACCACUAAUUAAGAGACAUAGACUGGUAAAUGAUAUAUUGAAAGAAGAACUACAAACAGGAGUUCAUGCUCUAUCAAUUGUGGCUAAAACACCCCAACAGUGGGAAGAGAGCGACAAAGUUGUAGAAAGCAGUCCUAAUUGUAAGGGUGGCUUUGGAAAAUAGUGUAAAUGAAAACAGAAGCAGAGAAUAGUAUAUAUGACAAUUGAAAACACUACAUAAUAAUAGUUUACUCAAUUAUAGCGAAUAUUGUAUAUUUUAUUAGUUCCUAGAUUUAUUUUUAAAGAAUUAUAAUUAUAAUCUUGA